AUGACAGGAGUACGCAAAACACGUUCAACAAAUGCAACUUCAACAUCACCAUUAUUAUCUUCAACGGUUGAUGAAUCUACUAUAUUUGAUGAUCUUCGUAGAAAUCUUCAAUGUCCAAUACAAUUUAUAAAUAUUUAUAAUCAAUGUUAUCAAAUAACAAAUCUUCGAUCAUCAUUAAUUGAAAUUCUUUGUAAUAUAUUAUCAAAUUCAAUAAAUGUUGAUACUAAAAUUCUUAUAUUCAUUCUUGAUAAUUUCAUAACAAAUCAUUCAAAUUUACUUAUAGAAUUAACUGAUAUAGAAUUCAAACAAGAUUUAUUACCGUUUAUUAAACGUAUAUUAUUAAAAACUGAAGAUAAUAAUGAUAUAUUAUUAUUAACAUUACGAUUUCUUAUUAUACUUAUUGAAAAUUAUACAAAUUUAUUAAAUUUAACAUUAACAGAAUGGUUAUCAAGUAUAUUACAUUUUAUUGUUACACAUAUAUCAUCAUCAUCAUAUGAUAUUUAUGGUGAUUUAGUUAUUGAUUUACUUACAAAAAUAGUUAAAAAUUUUACACCAUUACCUAAAGAAAUUGUUGAUGUAUUAGGUCGAUCACCAUCAUCAAUUAUUUCAACACAAUUUCUUACGAAAUUAAAAUCAUGGGUUAAACAUGUUGAUGAUACUAAAUUAGCUUUAUUUGCUAUACAUUUAUGGGAACCAUUAGCUGCACUUCUUAGUCGAUUAUUAACACGUGGACAUACGAAAGGAAAUGAAAUGUUAGCUGUUAUGCAAGAUGCAUUUAUUGUUGCUAAUUAUUCAAUACGUGCAGCUGCAUUUUCUUCGUGGUCUUCAUUCAUGUCUCAUAUAUAUCGUUCAGAUUUAAAUUUACAUAAUGAUGAUAUUCAUCAACAACAAUUAUAUAAUCGUUUAUUAAAAUUAUUUCUAACACCUUUUUUACCUGAUUAUACAUCAAAAAAUAAAUUAGCAUCAAUAGCUAAAUGUCGUGCAUGGUUAAUAUUAGUAUCAGCAUAUCCAAAACAUAUUGAUGAUGUAGUUUUACCAUUUCUUUCAUUUGCAUUUGGUUAUCAUAUAUCAUCGAAAACAGUUUCAGCACCAACAACAUGGUGGUCAGAAUGUCGUCAGAUAGGAGAACAAUGUCUUCAUGAUAUAUUAAUUGAUAAUACAAAUGGUGAAUAUAUUAUUAAAAUAGCUGGUGAUCAAAUUAUUAAUUAUUUAUUUGAUACAAUUGUUGAUGAAUUAGUAGAAAAUCUAAUAGAUGAAAAUAAAUCUUUAGGUUUAAUUUGUUGGAAUUCUUAUUUAACUCAUUUAACACAUUUAUUUACAUUAAAUAAUACUAUUAAUGAUAAUCAACGUGUAGUAAUAAAUACAUGUCUUUUAACACGUAUUGAACAAUUAUGGAUUGAUUCACGUAUAUCAACACAAUUUUUAUUAAAAUUAUUUAAUACAUUCGAACAAACAGGUUUUCCGCUGGCUAUUGAAACAGUAUUACAUGAUUCAAGUAUACGAACUAAAACAUUAACAGCUACACAACAUAAUCGAUCAGGCAAGUUUUAUAAAAAAUAA